AUGGAUUCCUUUGAGCUGAAAAAUUUGAAGACAAGUGAAGAUAAAGUCAUUCUUGGGAAUGCUAUGUGGAAAAGAUGCUCAUAUCUUGAUAAAUAUAUUAAUAAACUUUGUUUAGAGAAAGGCAAUUCAGGAAAGAAGAGUGUUGACAAAGAAAACUCUGCAAAAAAAAAGCAGUUGGAAGCAGCUAUUCGUUCCCAAGUCGCGGCAGAGGAAAAGGCUCAUCGAAUUGUGGAGAAAUUAGUUUUGGAGAAUGUUGACGAAAGCUAUUUCCUAGAAAUUGGCAACUAUAUAACACCAAGCCACUAUGCAGACAUCACUGAGGAGAGGGCAUUGGCCAAAGUUUGUGGAUAUCCACUGUGUACAAAUACAAUGUCGCAGAUAUUACAACAAAAAUAUAAGAUAUCUGUUCAAACAAACAGAGUCUUUGAUAUUGCAGAGCGCAAGCAUUUUUGUAGCAAUCAGUGUUAUAAAGCUUCCAAGUUCUACGAAUCUCAGAUCCCAACAUCACCUGUAUGGACAAGAACAAAGGAACUACCUAAGAAGUUUUCUCUCUUAACAACUUCAAACCAAUCUUCAAGACCAGGAGCUGGUGAAUUGCUUGUAGGCAGUGAAAGUCAUCAUUUAAAGCAAAGUGAAGAGGACUUACAAUCAACUGAAGACCAGGCUUACAAUAAAUGUGAUGCCCUGACAGAAGACUUGAAUCAUCUUAGUUUUUCUUCGAAACUAAGCAAACAAACACAAGAACUAAUGCUUGAAGGGAAAGCAGAGUCUUCCAAAGACAAAUUUCCUUCAAAUGACAAUAACUCAUGUGAAUCCACCAAGAAUGUAUCAACUUUAACAGACAAUGARUUCAAGUGCGGUCAAAAAUUACUAACACUGAAGAAUGAGMAACAAGAUAGGGAUAAUUUAGACCAACAAGCUAGUAAUUAUUCGUCAACAAAUGCCAAUGAAACAAAGGAUGUUUUUGUAAAGUUUAUCAGGGAAACUCUACAGCAGUGGUUUACWACUGCAAGCUUUCAAUAUUURAGUAURGGUACAUGUAUAUCAGGAACURAACAUUUUGAAGAAGGUUUUACUGAGGAUAUUCCAAAUUAUACAGAGAGAGCACUUGACUUUCUCAGACCCACUCAAAACACCAAUGUUAAUGAUGAAGAUGACAUAGUUGAAACUAAAUCAAAUAUCACUUCUGAAGAAAUUACUAUAACAGAGAGAGAUAAUCCAGAUAAGGAAUUUCCUUGCAUUGUGCCACCAAUAGACUCAAAGGCACAGCUUACUAUAAGGCGACAAAUAUUACUGCAAAAAUUCAAACAAUUACUUCCAGAGAUGCUGGUUUCAUCACAAUUCAAUAUCAGAGACAUGGAGGAUCAUUUUAGUAGACUUGUUCGGACAUUCAAGUUAACAAGUCAAAAUGUUAUGUUUAAACCCAUCGAGUGGAGAGGAUUAACAGCUACUCUACUAUAUUUAAUUCAMAAACAACUAUAUUCUGAUGCCAUUAAAUUUCCAAGAUACAUGGAAACCAAGAAAACAAUUUUAAAACAUCUUGAACUAACAGAAAAGGAUAUGAAUGAAAUUAUUAGGUUGUUGACUGAGGAGGCAGCUAAACCUGGCGACUGUCUCGUGACACCUCAAUGUGAAAACCAGGUUAUUGAGUCUUACAGUGUCAUGGAAGACUUGGACUAAAUGAAUCAUCAGUCAGCUUUUCACAAGAUAAACAAUAAUUAUUUCCCUGCUUGCAGAGGGUUCCACAGGAAAACAUGAGAAAAUAUAUUUUAAAUGUGCAAGAAUAAUUUUCUUUUAGCAGGCACAGACUGACCAGACCAAAAAUUGCAAAUGAGGCUGAGAAAAAAUGACAAUUCCAAAAAAUGACAAUUCCAAAAAUAAUAUGUUUACUGAGGCAACAUUCUUAGAAAGUCCCUUUUUCAUUUGAAAACUCUAAGUGAUUGUACAAAGAACUUUAGCUGAGGCAAGGUACCGUUGGUUUAACUCAUAGUGCAAUUUCUGAGAAAAUAAAAAAAGAGUCUAAACACUGCAAAACAGCUUCAAUUUAUUCUUUAAAAGUUUUAUUUAAUUUGAGCUGCACACCUUUACAAAACAAACAUUAUUUAUUGGUUUGACAAAAUGUUUUGAAACUGUUUGAUACUGCUCAUUACUGGACCAACUUUAAAGGCACAUCAAGGGAGAGUUCCCAAGCGUUUUUUUUUACCCACAAAGUGUGCAAACAGUGCAUAUUCGCAGGGGUGUAUCGUCUUCUAAUCUAAGAAGUGU